CAUCCGGUUUUCGCGUCCUUAUCCUCUCGUCAACAGUAAAGACCAGGCGAAAGGGCGAUGGAAAGCGAAUCCGCCGGCGAUUCCGCCGGCGCCUUUCCUCUCCGGUGGCCGGGAUGCCGUCGGAGAGGGAGGGGGCCGGGGGAAUCGAUGGGCGGCCUGUAUAGGGUAGCUAGUUUUUUAGCUUCUCCUAGGUUUAGCUCGCCAUCGUCGUCGAUGGCGGAGCUGGUGAUGCCGGGAGCGGCGGUUGUGCAGCAGCUCCGGCGGCGAAUAAGUUGUGUUGCCGGCCUCGACGAUGACCCUCACGUCCUUGCCGGCGACAAUUUUGGAUCUCUUCAGCUCUCUGGCGAUGAUGGUGGUGGCAUCGUCUCCGGCGUCUGGAUGAGGUCAGAUCAGGGUGCUCCUCUCUGUUUCCCUGGCAGUGGCGUGGUCUCCGGCAAGGAUCCAAAGAGUAGUGCCGGCUUUGUCUCUGGCAGUCCAGGGAUGGAGCUGCUGGAGACUUCUUCUUCUCCUCCGUCGGUGGGAUUGCCGAUGUUCGUUCAACGAUUUACAUCCACUUCGGCUGGAGCUUCGUGGUGGUGGGUUCUGCGGCUUAACCAAGGUUUGGGAUCUGCUGAUGGAGGAGCGGAAGAUCUGUGCUUCGAUUUGGCUUUCGGUGCUCGCCGGACUGAAUCGGAGUUGGGGAAGAUGAUGAACGGGUGCUCCAUGGACUUGGUUAUAAUUUUAAUUUUCUUUUUGGACCUAUUUGUAAAAGGGGAGAUGUACUGUGCUCCAGUUUAAUAUUUCUUCCCUUUCGCAAAAAAAGUAAGUAAAGCACCCAGAGUCACCAGCUAUACUACUACACCCACAACAA